AUGAGCGAACUCAGACCCUCCCAAGCUGCCGCCCACACGGAGCCCGAGCCUCCUUCUGUCGACGGCGUGCAAAUGCCCACAUUUGCUGCCCUUCCGGGCUUCUCGAAAGGACUACACAAGGCCGCGGCCGAGUACUUUGUGAGCCUGGGCGGAGCUAUCAAGCCCCGACAGGCGAAGCAUAAACAGAAGAUUGACGAGGCCAAACAACGAGGGUCUCUGCGCACCAUAGACCAGAUGGUCUUCCCUGACUGGACGCCGGAGUUAGAGGCGCAAGCCAAGCAGCAACUCGAGGCUACAAGAAUAAAUUGGUCCAUUCCGAAAGGAAGCUUCUCCGCAUACAUGAAUAUUAGCAAAGCGGCUGUGGUGCUUGCCCGAUGCAGCCCUCGGGAUAUUGUUGGGGUUCGGACGCGACUCUGCUUCGAUCUGGACGGCUCGGCGAAGAAGCCAAACAGUCCUGCUCCUAGCCCCUUCAGAUCAUGA